AACCCAGCGGCGCCUAAACCCUAACCCCGGUUCUCCCAACCCUGGUUAAGUUAUCACCAGUCCCACCUCCCAAGCCUCGCCGUAUUUAUUCUCCCCGUCUCUGAUGCCGGCUGCGAAGGCACCGAAGGCCAAGCACAGAGAGAGAGAGAGAGAGAGAGAGAGGAGAACGAGAUGGUAUUCGGAGAAGGAAAUCAUUGCAAUCCGACGGUCCAGGUCCCUCCGUGGCCUGUAUUCGAUGAUCCAAUGGCCGGGAUGCAGCUCUCCCUCCCCGUCAGCGGCGUCACCGGCGAGGAGGUGCUUGCCGCGCUGCAGCGUUUCCUCCCGUCGAACAACGAAUCGUUGGAAGACUCGGACGAGCCGCAGGACUUGGUGGUCGACGCCUUCUCCUGCGACGAGUUCCGGAUGUACGAGUUUAAGGUCCGGCGGUGCCCGCGGGGGCGGUCGCACGACUGGACGGAGUGUCCCUAUGCCCAUCCGGGCGAGAAGGCCCGCCGCCGGGAUCCCCGCCGCUUCCACUACUCCGGCGACGCCUGUCCAGAGUUCCGGAAGACCGGCCGCUGCGAGCGCGGCGAUGCCUGCGACCUCGCCCACGGGGUCUUCGAGAGCUGGCUCCACCCGGCGCGCUACCGGACCCAGCCCUGCAAGGACGGCACCUCCUGCCGCCGCCGUGUCUGCUUCUUCGCGCACACCCCCGCCCAGCUUCGCUUCCUCGCCCAGAGCCCCCGGUCGCCGCCGCAGGUCGCCUUGGAGUCUUACGAUGGAGCGCUGGCCCGGCGGUCCAAGAAUCUGAUAUCCUCGCCGAGGUCGACUCUGAUCUCGACCCCGAUGUCGCCGACGUCGGAGUCGCCGCCGGUAUCGCCGGUGGGGGCGGACGCGAUGAACGAGGUCCUGGCGGGGAUGAGGAAGCUGCAGCUGAGCAAGGCGAGGUCGGUGCCGUGUUCUUGGGGGGUUGAUAUGGGAUGCGAUGGUGGGUUCGGUUCGCCGAGGGGUGUUGGGGCGUUCAGGGCGGGGUUUGUUAGCUUGCCGGUGACGCCGACGGCGGCGGGCGGCGGAGGGCAUGGGUGGGGGAAGGAGGAGGCUGGGGAGUCCGGGAGGAGAAUGAGGGGUAAGCUGUUCGAGAGUUUGGGGAAAGAGGAGUCGGUGGAGGGGUGUUCGGACGCCGGCGGAGUCGGCGGUGCUGCCAUGGGGUUGCCGGAUUUGGGGUGGAUUUCGGAGUUGGUGAAGUAAUGGCUAGAUGGAUGCUUAACCGGCGGCUGAGAGCAAAACAAAACAGAAAACCGAUAAAAAAAAGGGGGGAAAUUGGAAAUGUGUGAGAUUUUAUUAGGGAUUUGGCUGACUGAUUUAUUUCAUAACUGUUGAUUUCAUCCAAAAAGUUAGAGGAAAAGAAUCUGAUGCUGUGUAAAUAUGAUGCAGAAAAAAUCUGAAAGCACUGCAAUUAUGCCAUAGAAAAGAAUUGGUUAGAAGAAGACUUUUGAUUUCUAUGGGCUUGAGAAGUCAGUUGCUGAUACUGAAGAGAUGCAAAAUGUGGGCUUGAUGAUCUGUAUUUAAUUUUCGAGAUUUUUUUUUGUUGGUUGAUUUUUUUUGGAUCUUUUCUUUCAAGUUAAUUCCGCUGUCCAAAAUCUCUAGUCAAAAUGUAAAUAUUCUGAAUAUGAUGUUGAGUUUUUGCCAGAGCUUGCAA